AUGUAUGCGCUCACGAAAGACCCGGACUUUUAUAACUUCGAGAGCGAUGACAACUACAAGAAGUGGAAGAAGACGUUUCUGGCGUCACUCGAGCAGAUCCAGCAGAAGGUGCACUCGGGCCUCACCGCCAAACAGGACGCCCUACUGUACGUGGAGGGACUCAUACUGAGACUACUGUCGCAACUGAUUAACAAUCAGCGCAUAACUGUGGCCGACGUGGAGGAGCGCGUCAAGAGGCUGUUCCCGUACCCGCUGGACAGGUGGGCCACCAAUAAGGCCAACGAGACGUUGGCUAUACUCAAGAACAUUAAGAAACACAAGAGCUUAACGCCGGAUCAGAUGCCCAUCUGUAUGCCCGUCGAGCGCCUCAACCAACUGCUCCAGAAGGAGGUGUUCAACCAUAAGGUGGACAUUCAGUGCACGCAAUAUAUAGUUGUGAUCCUCGAGUACAUCGCGGCCGACAUUUUCCAAUUGGCCGGUCAUUACGUCAAGAAUAUAAGGCACGAUGUGAUCACCUGUCAAGACAUUAAGGUGGCGAUGUGUGCGGACAAAGUGCUGAUGGAUAUGUUUUAUCCGGACGACGACGUGUCGCUCAACAGUAAUGUCAACGAAGACCUGUGCGAACAGAAACGGCGGACGAGUGUGACGUACGACGAAGUGGUCAAAGAUCUCAUACACGAAGAGAAACAAUUCAUACGUGAUUUGAAUCUAAUAAUCAAAGUAUUUCGCGACCCCUUCCGUAAACUACUGGCGCCCAAAGAGUUGGACAAAUUGUUCUUCAAUAUCGACGACAUCUAUGACUUUAGUGUGAAUUUUUUGGGCUCUAUUGAGGACGCGCUGGAAGUGGCAGAGGAUAGCUGUCCGCCCAGUAUUGGCAGCUGUUUCGAGGAGUUGGCCGAAUGUGCGGAGUUUGAUGUGUACGAGAGGUAUAUCCUCGACGUGAACCAGUCGUCCACCACCGGCGGCAACGGCAGAGGCAAUGAUAAGCUCCAGAGCCUGUUGGCCGACCCGUCGACAGUGAUGUCGCUGUCGACCACCGGUCACGGCAUGCUUCCCGCCUUCAGAUACGUCCUCCCGAAGCUACUUAUCGGUCCCGUCUAUCACUGCUUCUCCUACUUUAAGUACAUCGAGCUCUUCAAAGACCUGACCACCAGUGACGAGGACAAGGAGUCCUUCGAACAGGCCGAGGGACUACUGGCCCCUCUCAAGAACAACUUGGAGCGGGUCUGCAAACGCAACGCCAAACCAGGUGAGGGCUAUCUGCGACUGUAUGGCCGCACCAACAGAGCCCAGGCGUUGACCAAAAUGUCGGAACUUCAACGCUCUAUCGACGGCUGGGAAGGCAAAGACAUCGGCCAGUUCUGCAACGAGUUCGUGAUGGACGGCCCCUUAGGCAAGCUGUCGGGCACCGGCACCCGAUCCGGACGCCUAACCGAGCGGCACGUGUUCCUAUUCGACGGCCUAAUGGUGUUGUGUAAACCCAAUAACAAGAGGUCGUCGAUGACUGUGGCCGUCACCGGAAAGCUCUUCAAAGACCUGACCACCAGUGACGAGGACAAGGAGUCCUUCGAACAGGCCGAGGGACUACUGGCCCCUCUCAAGAACAACUUGGAGCGGGUCUGCAAACGCAACGCCAAACCAGAUUAA